CACCAGCAGCAGCUCCUGGUUCAGUGGAGAUGGGCUGAGGCAGAGAGGACAGACCCAGCAACACCGAGACCAACGGCCGUUGAGAGUAGCCGUUACAGACUCGGGAUUUUUUUUUUCCUCCCCUGGUUCCCGCUUUGUCCCCUUCUCUUCUCCACUCCCGGCCCCAGCAGGCCAGGGAAUGUCCCGGCGGCGAGAUGCCUUACGUGGACCGACAGAACCGCAACUGUGGCUUCCUGGACAUAGAGGAGAACGAGAGCAGUGGCAAGUUCCUGCGUCGUUACUUCAUUCUGGACACGCAGCAGGGAAGCUUGGUGUGGUUCAUGGACAACCCACAGAACCUGCCGGUUGGUACAGACUGCGUGGGCUCCCUCAAGCUCACCUACAUCUCUAAGGUCAGCGACGCCACCAAGCUGAGGCCUAAGGCGGAAUUCUGCUUCGUCAUCAACGCUGGGAUGAGGAAGUUCUUCCUGCAGGCCAAUGAUCAGCAGGACCUGGUGGACUGGGUCAACGCUCUCAAUAAAGCCACCAAGAUCACCGUGCCAAAGUUGUCUGAUGGGCAGCAGAAUGCAGAGAACCAGAAGGCUUUACCGGAUGUCGUAGGGCCCAAGAAACAAGUCUCCUAUAAGACAGAGAUCAUUGGAGGAGUCCCCAUUGUCACCCAGACCCAGCAUGACUGUGGCGAUGGUGCAGGCAGGACGGAGCGUGAGGCCAUGCAUCGGUCCCACAGCCAGCUGCCCUACUUCCUGGGCAGGCCGAGUCAGGAGCACACUGUCAUCAAGUCGGGCUACUGCGUCAAGCAGGGAGCUGUGAUGAGGAACUGGAAACGGCGAUAUUUUCUUCUGGAGGAAAACUCAAUGAGCUACUUCAAGUCAGAUUUGGAGAAAGAGCCGCUGAGAAUGAUCCCGCUGAAGGAAGUUCACAAAGUCCAUGAGUGCAAACAGAGUGACAUCAUGAUGAGAGAUAAUCUGUUUGAAGUCGUCACUACAUCCAGGACGUUCUACAUACAGGCGGACAGCCAAGAGGAGAUGCACAGCUGGAUUAAGGCCAUCUCCGGGGCCAUUGUGGCCCAGCGGGGGCCUGGGAGGUCUGCUGCCACAGACCACGGCGGCCGCUCCACUUUCUACCGCAGCCCCGCGGGCCCCCCCGCCCCUCGCUCGCCCAUAUCUGCCAUGCCACCAUGCUACCCAGAGUGGGGGGCUGCUGUCACGUGCGGCACACGCCCGCAGCCUGGCAUGGGACAGCGAGCACUUCAUGAGCCUGCUGCCACGGCCCAGUCACAGCCGCACGCCAGCACGCCUGUCCCUGCAGGAGACACCGCGCCUGGCGAAGUGACCCGCGACCCACCCGGGACCACCAUCGAUAACUCCGAGGAGUCCCCGUGGCGAAGACGGAGCAGCUUUGAGCCCCACAUGCCCGAACCCCCCGUGGACCUGGAUGACGCCGACCUGCCAGUGAGCGAGGUCUGAGCCGUUGAACUGGACAUUUAGAACAUUAACGGAGAUUUAAAGAGGAAGCCGUGCGCGUGAUGUGAUGGUGUUGAAAAAAAACGUGGCAGCUAUUGGUUUUCAUACCAAAGCAGUUGGCAGAAGACAAUAUGCAACUCGUGUUUUGAGCUCCUCCGUCAGUGUGCUAAAGAUAAAAGUUGGGUCACCGCCACUGAACUGCACUCGUGUGCCAAAGACAACCCGGUCUUCACCCCCCCCCCCCUCCCCUCCCCUCUGCUUGCCUGCUGUCGCAUUUACAAUGAUGUAUUUAUUUACUAAGAGUUGAUGUUGUCAAACAAAACUACAAAAUUCUAGUGAAGUGGUGCUGAUUAGAGUUCAGUGUCAGAGCUUUAUUUUAACCUGCACAGGCACAACGAGGUGACGGAGGAUUUUUGUAAACCACUUUGUGCCAAGAAGAUAAGGGGACUUUAAAGGUUGCAAACAUUUCCUUUUGUCUGAGAGUUCAAACUGAGGACUGGCUUUUCAUCACCUCACUUAUCUGCUAAUUUACCUGUGUGGUCCGUUCACACACUCACUAUUGUUCGCCUGGAUUUGUCUACUGUUGUUGGCCAGCGAUAGAGAUAUGGGGCAAGCAGAGUCUGAGAUCAUAUUUUCACUCCAAUGCAAAUUGUAAUUCAAAGCUCCAGGACUGUUCAAUUCAAAACAUUUGUAUGUGCCCCAAUGUGUAUAAUAAUGCAAGAACAAACGUAUUGCAGCCUUUUUCUCUUUAUUUUUAAUAGAUCGGCGGGUUAAGUUAAAUAAAAUAAAGCAUCCUCAGUGUGAUUUUAGUUGACUGAAGUUCACUACUAGUAGCUUACAUGUACAAUGAAUAGUUUUUAGUUAUUCACAGUUGCUGGUAAAGCGUCCCUUCACAUCCUAAAUUAGCUUCUUUUUCGUGCUAUAUUUCAACAUACCAGACUCUGUGGCCUCACUGUUGUGACUCUGGAUGACGUGGGAAGUAAACAAGGAGUACGCUUGUGUGCAUUUUGUAAUUCACAGUAAUAAAACUUCAACAAUAGGGCUCCGUCAGGUAUAGAUGAGCUUCAUGUGCUGAUAGAUUUGGGUAAUAACUGGCUCAGAUGAGUUAAUGAAACCUGCAGUCCAUUGUUUAGAGAUGAGUACUGUAUGAAUCAUCGUUUAACGGAAAAAAACAAUCUGUGAACAUUUAAAAGAAACAUUUAAGCUCAGACACUUACGUUGCAUGUUAACAUUUUAAUGAUUCCUCAGAUUGUCUUUCUGUUUUUAGUUUCUAUCUACGGCCGCUCUGUGUGUUUGCAGAAUAGAGCAGCAGCUUUAUCUUUUAUAUGCUUUUAGACGUUUCCUGGUCCGAUUCUGUGUACCUGUGUAGCCAACCCAGCAGCAGGCAGCUGCCUCAUGGUUUUAUUUAAAAAUGUCUCUCUGUAGUCUUGAUAAAUAAUACACACUAAUGUUGUUGUUUUUUAAGUGCCUGCUUCCUUUCAGCCCAACCAAGUUGAGCAAUUUCACCCCUUUUCAGUCCGGUGUAAUUGGUUUGAAUUGUCUAUUUAUUAUGUGGAUGACUUGAAAGAAAUAAACACUGAAAAUGUGCUCUGGUUUCCUGGAGUAUCGUUCA